UCUCUUUUGGAGCACAUCCUACCAUCUUCAUGGCAUCUACUUGCCUGUACUUGUCCAUUUUCCUUUGGCUACUUUUUAUAGUCAUAACCUCAGCUAAUCCAACUAGUUGGACGAACCAUGGUGGAGAUUUAAGCAAUCGCAGAUACGCAAAUGGCGAAACAAAGAUUAACCCUGCCACCGUGGCUAACCUUACGCUAAAAUGGAAGUUUGUUGCUGGAAACGAUAUAACCGCAACGCCAGCAAUAUACAACAACACCCUCUAUUUUCCAAGUUGGAAUGGAAAUAUCUAUGCCCUUAAUGCAUCAGAUGGGUCAGUCAUUUGGCAAAAAAAUGUUGGACAACUAACCGGGCUUAAUGCUACGGGCUUCGUACCAGGAGUUAAUUGGAGUGUGGCCAGGGCUACCCCGACUAUUGCUGAUGAUCUUUUGAUCAUUGGAAUUUAUGGACCGUGUUACGUUAUAGGGCUUAAACGUAGCAAUGGACAGCUCGUGUGGUCUACACAACUCGAUACACAUUAUGCCUGUGUAAUCACCAUGUCCGGAACUUAUCAUAAAAGUGCAUUUUAUGUGGGAACAUCUUCAUCAGAAGAAGCUGUCGCCACCAUUCAAACAUGUUGUACAUUUAGAGGGAGUUUUUUCAAGUUAAAUGCCAAAAAUGGUAAUAUCAUGUGGCAAACCUACAUGUUGCCGGAUAACAAUGGGAGCACCAACAAAUAUUCAGGUGCGGGCUUAUGGGGCAGUAGUCCUUCCAUUGACAUCCAGCGAAAUGAGGUCUAUAUAGGCACGGGAAACUUAUAUUCUGCCCCGUUAAAUGUCACACAAUGCCAAGAAGCACAAAACAAUCAAACAACACCAACAGAGGAAGAUAAGUGCAUAGAGCCCGAAAACCAUUCCAAUUCAAUCUUAGCACUUGACUUGGAUUCAGGAAACAUCAUUUGGUAUAAGCAGUUAGGGGGAUACGACGUUUGGUUUUUUGCUUGUAAUAAUCUUUCUACUUCAGGGUGUCCGCCUGGCCCUAAUCCAGAUGCGGAUUUUGCACAAGCACCAAUGAUGCUAACUAUUAAUGUUCGUGGAAGCAAGCGUGACAUUGUUGUCGCAGUACAGAAGAGUGGGAUCGCUUGGGCUUUGGAUCGCGACAAUGGUAGUAUCAUUUGGUCUACGGAAGCUGGACCUGGAGGUGCGGGUGGAGGAGGUACUUGGGGAUCAGCAACGGAUGAAAAGACAAUUUACACAAACAUCGCCAAUAGUGCGCAAAGUAACUUCACAUUGAAGCCAUCAAAUAUAACGACAACUAGUGGUGGAUGGGUGUCGAUGAAUGCCACAAGCGGCAAAGUCUUAUGGUCAACUGGAAAUCCAAGUAACGCGACUGCAAGUGGCCCUGUGAGUUUAGCCAACGGUGUUGUAUUCGCAGGGUCAACCAAUGGGUCCGGGCCCAUUUACGCAAUGAGUGCAACAACCGGAGAAAUAUUAUGGUCGUAUAACACUGGAGCAACUGUGUACGGUGGUAUGUCUAUAAGCAAGGGUUGCGUGUAUGUGGGCAGUGGGUAUAAAUCAAACAUGGGAGCUUUUUUUCCUAGUUACACUGCUGGAACAACUCUAUUUGCUUUUUGUAUACUUCCAUAACUAAAAAUAUAUAAGGUAUCUUGCCAUCUUGGUAUCUAAAUAAGACACAAAGUUAUGUUAUUGAUAUUUCUCUUGAAAAUUUCUCAUUUUACAUUUGAA